UUUUGUUUUCUGUAGAGGUUUUUCGAGAAGUGUGCAAUUUUCCGUGGAGGAUAAAAGAGAGACCGUAACACAACACCAGUCGCCGGUCUGCGUUUGACAGACCAACUGAUAAAUAACCAAUCGACGAGAUGGCUAAAAUGAAGCAUCAAAAAUCCAAACCUAACAAACAAUCUCAUGCUAAAAAGCACGGAAAGCAGACUGAUAUUUCUGAAUUUCGAGCUCAGCUUGAUGCAUUGGGCUUAAAGAUUAUACAAGUGACGGCAGAUGGAAAUUGUUUCUUCAGGGCAUUAGGUGAUCAGUUGGAAGGCAAUGAGGAGGAGCAUGAGAAAUAUCGAGCUAUGACUGUAAAAUUUAUCAGGAAUAACCGUGAUACGUUUGAGCCUUUUAUUGAAGAUGAUGUACCAUUUGAUGAAUAUUGUGAGUCCAUGGAGAAGGAUGGCACUUGGGCUGGACAUAUGGAAUUACAAGCAGCUUCUCUUGUUACUCAUACCAAUAUAUGCAUUCACCGACAUAUGUCACCUCGCUGGUACAUACAGAAUUUUGACAACCGUGAAUCUCGGAUGCUUCAUCUUUCUUAUCAUGACGGAGAGCAUUACAAUAGCAUCCGGCUAAGGGAAGAUUCUUGCACUGGACCAGCUAGCCCAAUUAUUAUCAAGGCUGAUGCUGAUCUUUCAGCAAAAUCUCGUGAAGCUAUAGCUGCUGCCAAGUCUAAGGGAGAUACUAGUCGGAAUAUGGUUCAAGUAGGAUCAGUCAAAAUGGUGAUGGCUGGAAGUGGGUGUGAUAACAAACAAAAAGUGGAGCAGGUUUUACGACAAAUUGGUGGUGAUGUUGAUGCUGCAAUAGAAUUUCUAAUCGCAGAACAAGGAUCUGAGGACCAGUUAAAUGCAAAUGAUAACAUUUCUUCUCUGGCAAGCACUUCACAAGGGUCUCCAGGGGAGCAUGCUAUCAAAUCUGGAGACUCACCUUGUAAAAAAGGUUCCUCUGACUGUAGUGUAAAAGGAGCUUCUGAUGAACACACCUCCCAGGAAGAUGAAAAGAAAAUUCCAAGAAAUAAGGCCUGUCCCUGUGGUUCAAAGAAGAAAUACAAGUCUUGCUGUGGAUCAGUUGCUGGAAAACAUCCUACUAGCUUUACAGUCAACCAUACAAUUGAUUAUGGAAAGGGUCGGAGAGACAAAAAGCAAGGAAAGAAAGUUCCACUUGUCAAUGUUACGACUUCAAAACAAACUGAUGCAAGACCACCUGACAUGGGCGCCCUUUGUAUAUAGUCAGUAUUUUUGAGGU